GUGUUUUUUUUUUUUUUUUGCAUCACAACCUUUUUCCAGAUCGGCCCACCAAAGCGUGGGAAUGUUGCGAGGGACUUUGUGACGAAAACUCGCGUUAAAGCGCCGUGACAAGUUACUCCCAAGUUCCCCACCCGUCCAGCUCGCCUCCACGUCACCGGAGCUCGCGCCCGCCACCGGAGACCCGCUCGCGAGACGCCGUCGGAAACGUUGCAAGCGGCGAGCGAUUCCGGACAAAGGAAAGAAGAGACUCGCGAGCUAGCGUUAGCCGGCUCCCGGUGCUAGCGUAGCAUUCCUCUAGCCGCGGCGCAAUGCAGGCCAUAAAGUGUGUCGUUGUUGGAGACGGAGCUGUGGGUAAGACCUGCCUGCUCAUCAGCUACACCACCAAUGCCUUUCCAGGAGAGUACAUCCCCACAGUGUUCGACAACUAUUCCGCCAAUGUUAUGGUGGACGGGAAGCCGGUGAACCUGGGUCUUUGGGAUACAGCAGGACAAGAAGAUUAUGACCGACUCCGCCCACUUUCCUACCCACAAACGGAUGUGUUUCUCAUCUGCUUCUCGCUCGUGAGUCCGGCCUCCUUUGAAAACGUCCGUGCCAAGUGGUACCCUGAGGUGAGACACCAUUGCCCCAACACUCCCAUCAUCCUGGUGGGUACCAAGCUGGAUCUGAGAGAUGACAAGGACACCACAGAGAAGCUGAAGGAGAAGAAACUCUCCCCCAUUACAUAUCCACAAGGACUGGCGAUGGCCAAAGAGAUCGGUUCAGUAAAGUACCUGGAGUGCUCAGCCUUGACUCAGCGUGGCCUUAAAACGGUGUUCGACGAGGCCAUCCGGGCCGUCCUCUGCCCCCCACCCGUCAAGAAGAAGGGAAGGAAGUGCCAUCUCUUCUAAGGCUUCCUCCGCUGGAACGGUUGCAGGGGAACAUGGCCGCUAGUGGUGAGAGGUGGCCAAAGAAACACACCAGUAUACACACACAAACAUUGUACUUCAGAUUCUUUCCUUCCAUAAGUGUAGCUGCGGCAGAUUUACCAACGGUUUCUAUGAAAGAUUUGACGUAGGGUCAGAUAGAGGAGAUGGAGUCGGCCGAUGAUUCCCACCAACACGUACUGUAUAGACAACACUAUGAAAUUCUUGAGGCCUUCUGUGGAUUGGAUGUUUUGUAAAAGAAAAUAAAAAAUGGACCGUGGAAUGUUUUUCGAUUUGCUCCUCCACUGAGUGUCCACUUUUCUUUUUGGUUUUGUUUACAGUCUUAGUUGUUUUGUUUUUAGUGGAAGGAAUAUUGCCAAAUGCAUCUAGCAGACGUGCUGUAUUUUUAAUCAAAAAUAAAAUCCAUGUUCUAUUGUCUCAAACCUUUUUAAACCUACAAAAUACUGUGGGACGUUUGCUGUUGUGUGCUACUGCUUGUUCAGCGCCUUGAUCAAUGGCGUUUUCUCUCUUCAUCAUCACUUAGUGGGGGCGGUCCCGCGUCAUCGCACUGUCAACAGGGAACUUGAAUCUAAUCAUAUGUGAAGGUUUUUUUUUGCGUCAGAUCGCUGUUUGUGCGCCGCAAGUCUCUCCACUAGUUCACUUCCAGUAAUUCGUGGAUUUAACGAAGCCUAAAACCUACUGACGGUUCUGACCGAGGGAAGUGGUCAUCCGACCGUGCUGUUAAACCUAAAUGAUCCAGUAUUCUACGCGUUUGGCUCCAGUGGGCCCUAGAAGUGUAUCUCGACCGCAUAGCUGCCCAGGAGUGCAACGCUGCAAACCAUAUUGGAUUGGAACUGGUUUGGUGGAGGGGAAGAAGAGCAAGUUCUUUUUUUAAUGCUCUGUGGGCAUUUAUAAAAAAAAUAAAAACAUUAGAUUUUUAAUAGCAUCACUACUGGCUAAGCAAUGUCACUAAGAAGAGCAUUUACGGCCGCUAGCGACGGUAACAAAGCUGUUGUCGGUCAGCGUACUCAUCUUUGUUUAUAAUCAUAUUAUUUGACUGUUUUGUAUCCUUUGCAGAAAUUACACUUCACUCACUGUAUUGUUUAAACUAACACUAUGAAUAUCCUUUUGUUUGUUACCUCUUCAGUUAACGCUACCUUAAUCUCCCUACAAGCCUAGCUUUUUGUAAUUAUUGCUGAUCGCAUGUACGUGCAACAUAUACUGAAAACGAAGAUUUAGAAUUGCAAUGGUUAUAUUUUUUUGGCCUAUUUACAAAAUGUAUUUGAACCACUAGAUCAGGGGUUAAGUACAUGUUGCUCAUGUGUAUUGUAUUCAGACAUCCAGCUGUGCUUUAAUUGAGGCCAAUGUUGUAACUCUUUAGACUGACUGAUAAAAGCUAUUGUCACUUUUUGAAAAAGCCAAUAAAUUCAAGUGAAACCAA